AAACUUUUAUCGCUCCUUCUUGCUUCUGAUCAUCGUCUGCAAUUUUCAUGGCGGUCCUUCCCUCCAGUUCUUCCAGCUUGGAGUUAACAAUAUCCGUUCCUGGCUUCUCUUCUUCCCCUUCUUUUCACCCUUCUGUGAGAGAUUUGGACAUAAACCAAGUCCCAUCAGGAGGAGAAGAGGAAUGGAUGAUAGCAAGCAUGGAAGAUGAUGAAGAAAGCAGCAAUGGAGGAGCAGCUCCUCCUCGGAAGAAACUUCGCCUCACAAAGGAACAGUCUCUUCUCCUCGAAGAAAGUUUCAGACAGAACCAUACCCUAAAUCCUAAGCAGAAAGAAACAUUGGCUAUGCAGUUAAAGCUGAAGCCAAGGCAGGUUGAGGUUUGGUUCCAAAACCGUAGGGCCAGGAGCAAGUUGAAGCAGACAGAAAUGGAAUGUGAGUACUUGAAGAGGUGGUUUGGGUCACUAUCUGAACAGAACCGGAGGCUUCAGAGGGAGGUGGAGGAGCUUAGAGCCAUGAAAGUGGGGCCACCCACCGUGUUGUCACCACACAGCUGCAAGCCCCUUCCGGCAUCCACCCUCACAAUGUGCCCGCGGUGUGAGCGCGUGACCACCACUGUUAUUGAUAAGGGCCCCACUAAAAUCACGGCCGCCGUCACCACCACCGCUGCCACCACGCUGUCAUCUAAAGUGGGAACACCCGCCCUCCAAUCAAGCCCCUCUUCGGCGGCUUGUUAGUAGGGAAAGGUUUUAAAGUUUUAAUGACUCACCUAAAAGGAGGGAUUUAGAAAUGUUGAUAGUAUAGUUAUGGUAAGUAAUUAAUUAACAGAGAAGGUGGACGGAACAGAUAUUGCACGCUUAUUGGGUAUGAAAUUUGCCUUGGGAUUUCACUGGGUGUUGCUUUCGAGUUAUUUUAUUCAUUAAAUGUUCUUUUUUGGU